GUAAAUGUAGUAUGGGUGUUGCAGUAACUCUAUGGACUAUGGCGCGUCUUCUAGCGAAACUCAUCGCAUGGAGCAAGAGCACGGCGAGGACGUUGUCCAUCUGGCUGAACAGCAAUGCUUUCCAGAACAGCCUGCACAGGGAAUUCAAACACUAUUUAGCAACAUCGACGAGGCCAAAAUUGAUGAGAUGUACGAAGCGGGAAUUAAGAGGUGGACUGAAUGCACUAGAGAUGAAUGGCUUCGUGGGGCAGAUGGUUGGUAUUCGCAUGUUAUAUAUUCGAGAUCGACUGAACAUUACAAUUAAUCGAUUGGUGUAGGAUUGGUGGAGGAGUAUCGCGAGGUUCUUGACUUGGU